AUGGGUCUUCUCACUCUCGUUGAAGACAGGCCUACGCCUAAGGAGGUCUACAACUGGCGUGUCUAUGCCUGUGCUGCUGUGGCAUCGUUCGCUUCUUGUAUGAUUGGUUACGACUCUGCCUUCAUUGGAACCACUCUUGCACUUCCUUCGUUCUCCCACGAGUUUGGCUGGAAUAAACGCCCCACGGCCGAUGUCACAUUCAUCAAGGAGAACAUUGUCUCCGUCUAUCAAGCUGGAGCAUUCUUCGGAGCCCUCGGUGCAUACAUCAGCGCCCACUAUCUCGGCCGCCAAAAGUCUCUCUGGGUCUACGUCGUUGUAUUCAUGGUCGGUGCCGGUAUCAUGCUCAAGGCUGCCAAUGGUGACCUCGCUCCCAUCUACGUUGGGAGAGUCCUUACUGGCAUUGGCGUGGGCGGUGCGUCCAUGGUUGUCCCCAUCUACAUCUCAGAGAUCGCCCCACCCGCCGUCAGAGGUCGUCUCGUCGGUAUCUACGAGCUGGGCUGGCAGAUAGGUGGACUUUGUGGUUUCUGGAUUAAUUAUGGCAUCACGGAGACGUUGCCGAGCAACCACAAGCAGUGGAUCAUCCCUUUCGCUGUCCAGUUGAUCCCUGGAGGUUUGCUUGCUGUUGGUUCCAUCUGGCUCAGAGAGUCCCCUCGUUGGUUGUUCUCCAAGGGCAAGAGAGAGCAAGGCCUCAAGAACCUACUCUGGAUCAGAAACCUUCCUGCCGACAACUUCUACAUUGUCGAGGAAAUCUCAUUCAUCGAAGCUGCACUCGAGCAUCAAAAGUCGUCCGUCGGUCUCGGAUUCUUCGACCCCUUUAAGGCUGUCUUUACGAGCCGCAGUCUACAGUGGCGCCUUUUCCUUGGUACCACUCUGUUCAUCUGGCAGAACGGGUCUGGUAUCAACGCCAUUAACUACUACUCCCCUACCGUCUUCAAGUCCCUCGGAAUCGUUGGAAGCAACACCUCGUUCCUCACUACCGGUCUGUUCGGUGUAGUCAAAACUAUCUUCACCUUGAUCUGGCUUUUCUUCCUCAUCGACAAAUUUGGGCGCCGCAAUCUGCUUCUCGUUGGAGCCAUUGGUGGUGCUGUAUGUAUGCUUAUCCUUGGUGGAUACCUCGCCAGUCCGCUCGUCGAUACAUCAGCAGCAGCACAAGCUGUAGCGAAGCCUCUGUCCUCCGGAGGCAUCGCCGCUGUCUUCUUCUUCUACCUCUGGACCGCUUUCUACACCCCCUCAUGGAACGGUACCCCAUGGGUCAUCAAUGCAGAGAUGUACCCCCAGAACGUACGCUCCCUGGGACAAGCAAUGGCUGCUGCAUCGAAUUGGUUUUGGAAUUUUAUCAUUGCUAGAUUUACCGGCCAGAUGUUCGCCAACAUGGGCAAGUCGGGUUGCGGUGUAUAUUUUUUCUUUGCGGGCAUGAUGCUCUUAUCGGUGCUCUUUGUCUGGUUCCUUAUUCCUGAGACCAAGUCUGUUCCUCUCGAGUCCAUGGACAGGCUUUUCGAGAUCAGACCUUGCAGCAAGGCCAACAAGAUCGUUAUGCGCGAGGUACAGGAAGCGGAGGCCGAGUUCCGCGAGGAUGCCGAGGGCGCUGGUCUCAGUCUCGAGAAAACCAAGAUUGCACACGUCGAGGACAGCAAUGUUUAG